GGACACAGGGAAAAGACUUGUUUUCCAGCUGUUCCAUAAUUCUGUAGUGAAGAGGCUGCAUAGGUGCUAUUGCCCUAACUUGUGACUAUAUAAGGGCAAAAGCGCAGACGGGCAACUGGCAUAGGCAAGAACUUGAGACUGUUUGGGAAUGCCACUGUCAUGACAGUAGCAGCGCUACUGUACUGCGUGGACUGGAAGGCAGUGAAAGCAAUGCUCUAUUUUUUGAGAGGUGUGCCAGAGCAGGUAAGGGAGCUACAGCUUAAUGAGAUGGAUGUUUCAAUAACGAAUAGAAUAAAUAUAGCAUGUCAUGGAAAAGUCCCCACAACCUUUACAAAAUAAUUCUGUUUACAUUGUUUUUUCAUAAAUUCCUGCCUCAACUACUGGAGUUUCUUUGAGGGGGUCAGUAAAGUAAUGAAAAGGGGAUGGGGUUGCCAGGGAAAGUAGUCCAUUCAUUAACAGUGCAGAGAUGGACAGAGGAAACAUGUAUGAAGGAAAGAAUAUGGCUCUCUUUGAGGAAGAAAUGGAUAGUAAUCCCAUGGUGUCAUCUCUUCUUAAUAAACUAGCAAACUACACUAACCUAACUCAGGGUGUGGUGGAACAUGAAGCAGAUGAAGACAGCAAGCGAAAGGAAGUCAAGGUUCCACGUAUGGGCACUUUUAUUGGUGUGUACCUGCCCUGCUUGCAAAACAUCUUGGGAGUCAUCCUUUUCCUACGUUUAACAUGGAUUGUGGGAACAGCUGGAGUUCUUGAGUCUUUCAUCAUUGUGUUCAUGUGUUGUGCUUGUACUAUGCUAACUGCAAUUUCAAUGAGUGCAAUAGCAACAAAUGGUGUAGUUCCAGCUGGAGGCUCUUACUACAUGAUUUCAAGAUCUUUAGGGCCAGAGUUUGGUGGAGCAGUGGGACUUUGUUUCUACUUGGGUACAACCUUUGCAGGAGCAAUGUACAUUCUUGGUACCAUUGAAAUUUUAUUGACCUACAUUUCUCCAAGCGCUGCUAUAUUUAAAGCAGAAGAGGUUGGUGAAGAAACAGAGGCUAUGCUGAACAACAUGAGAGUUUAUGGAACAUGUAUCAUCAUUCUGAUGGCCAUAGUAGUGUUUGUGGGAGUAAAGUACGUCAACAAGCUUGCACUAGUCUUCCUUGCCUGUGUGAUUCUCUCCAUUAUUGCCAUAUAUGCUGGAGUUGUUAAGACUGCUUUUGACCCACCUGACUUUCCUAUCUGUCUCCUUGGAAACCGUACAUUGUCAAAACGCAGCUUUGAUGUCUGUGCCAAAUUCACUGAAAGCAAUAAUGAAACAAAGACUACAACUUUGUGGCGCCUCUUCUGUGAUAGUUCUUUGCUUAACGCUACAUGUGAUGACUACUUUAGUCUCAAUAAUGUAACAGAAAUUCAAGGGAUUCCAGGAAUAAUGAGUGGAGUUCUAGCUGAUAAUCUGUGGAGUGCCUAUUCAGAAAAAGGAUCAAUAGUUGAAAAAAAAGAUCAGCCAUCAGUUGCUGGAUCAGAAGACACAAAAAUGGGUGGACUCCCUUAUGUUUUUACAGAUAUCAUGACCUACUUCACAAUGCUUGUAGGGAUUUAUUUCCCGUCUGUGACAGGUAUUAUGGCAGGUUCAAACAGAUCUGGAGAUCUUAAGGAUGCUCAGAAAUCUAUUCCUACUGGAACAAUUUUGGCUAUUUCAACCACGUCUUUUAUUUAUCUCUCCUGUAUAGUGUUGUUUGGUGCCUGUAUAGAAGGUGUGAUAUUAAGAGAUAAGUUUGGAGAAGCAGUUAAUGGAAAUCUAGUGGUCGGUACACUGGCCUGGCCUUCUCCAUGGGUUAUUGUGAUCGGUUCAUUCUUUUCAACGUGUGGUGCUGGUCUUCAGAGUCUCACUGGUGCACCCCGUCUGUUGCAGGCCAUUGCAAGAGAUGGCAUUGUACCGUUUAUUCAAGUAUUUGGUCAUGGAAAAGCAAAUGGAGAACCAACUUGGGCUCUGCUCCUCACUGCUGGUAUUUGUGAAAUUGGAAUUUUGAUAGCCUCAUUGGACAGUGUAGCACCAAUUCUUUCAAUGUUUUUCCUUAUGUGCUAUAUGUUUGUAAAUCUGGCUUGUGCAGUUCAGACUCUUUUACGGACUCCCAACUGGAGACCUCGUUUCAAGUAUUACCAUUGGACUCUCUCAUUCCUGGGGAUGAGUUUAUGUCUUGCCUUGAUGUUCAUUUGCUCUUGGUACUAUGCUUUGAUUGCCAUGCUAAUCGCAGGAUGUAUAUACAAAUACAUAGAAUAUAGAGGAGCGGAAAAAGAAUGGGGUGAUGGAAUCCGAGGACUGUCUCUGAAUGCAGCUCGCUAUGCUUUGCUUCGUGUUGAAGAUGGUCCUCCUCACACCAAGAACUGGAGACCUCAACUUUUGGUCUUGUUAAACUUGGAUAGUGAGCAGUUGGUGAAACAUCCUAGAUUGCUUUCUUUCACCUCUCAGUUGAAGGCUGGUAAAGGACUGACUAUUGUGGGCUCUGUGCUUCAGGGAAUCUACUUGGAUAAAUGUACAGAAGCUCAGAAAGCUGAAGAGAACGUUAAGGCCUUAAUGGGAGUGGAAAAGACUAAAGGAUUUUGCCAGAUUGUGGUGUCUCCUCAUUUCAGAGAUGGAAUAUCCUAUUUGAUUCAGUCAGCUGGUCUAGGAGGGAUGAAGCACAACACAGUCCUGAUGGCAUGGCCACAGUCAUGGAAGCAGACAGAAAAUCGUUUCUCAUGGAAAAACUUUGUUGAUACUGUACGAGAAACAACAGCAGCUCAGCAAGCACUGUUGGUGGCUAAAAACAUUGACUUAUUUCCAACAAAUCAAGAACGUUUUACGGAGGGAAACAUAGAUGUGUGGUGGAUUGUUCAUGAUGGUGGUAUGCUGAUGUUACUGCCUUUUCUUCUUCGACAGCACAAGGUUUGGAGAAAAUGUAAAAUGCGUAUCUUCACUGUCGCUCAGAUGGAUGAUAAUAGUAUUCAAAUGAAGAAGGAUCUUCAGAUGUUCUUAUAUCAUCUUAGACUGAAUGCUGAAGUGGAAGUUGUUGAAAUGUUUGAAAAUGAUAUUUCUGCAUUCACUUAUGAGAAGACACUUAUGAUGGAACAGCGAUCUCAGAUGCUGAAACAGAUGCAGCUAUCAAAGAACGAAAGGGAAAGAGAGAUUCAGAGCAUCACUGAUGAGUCUCGAGGCUCAAUCAGAAGAAAAAGCUUCUCCAGUCCACAGUCCAUUGGCCAAGAUGCACAGGCACUGCUGACUAAUGAUUAUCGAGAGGAGGAGGCUCAGCUGAUCCACGACAGAAACACUGCCUCACACUCAGCGCCAGCGGUCAAAGCAAGUGUGGCUGCUGCUGUGCCGGAAAAAGUGCAGAUGACCUGGACUAAAGAAAAGUUUGUAGCUGAAAAGCAUAAAAACAAAGAUUCAAAUGUGUCUGGCUUUAAAGAUAUUUUCAACAUGAAGCCAGAAUGGGGAAACCUGAAUCAGUCAAAUGUGAGAAGAAUGCACACUGCUGUGAAGCUCAAUGGAGUAGUGCUUAAUAAAUCACAACAUGCUCAGCUAGUUCUCCUGAAUAUGCCUGGACCUCCUAAAAACAGAAAAGGGGAUGAAAACUACAUGGAGUUUUUGGAAGUUCUGACAGAAGGUCUGGAUAGAGUUCUCCUGGUCCGAGGCAGUGGACGUGAAGUGAUCACCAUUUAUUCUUAACCUGUUUGCACAUUGUUCAACCUCCCCCCCCGCCACACACACACCCCCCUACAACGAGAAAACAAAGUUAUUUGCCAUAAUUUGAGCAGCUUCAUUAAGAGUUCUAGUGCAUUGAAAAUUACCUGCAAGCUGAAUCUUCUGAUGAUGUGUUCUGGUUUUUCUAUUAAAAAGUUAUAUUUAAAUUAUAUUUUAAGAAGAUAGAUUUAUGUAGAAAAUAUUUCCGUAGUGAAUUAAUAAAUGGUGGAUGGGUUAGGAUAUUUAUGUGUAGCAUAUUCUGACACUUGUUAAACUGUGGUGAAACAAGAAAAGAAAUGGUAAUGCAAUGGUAUGUUUAAACAUAUAGAAAUGUAAGCAACUUUUGAUGAUUUUAAUAUUUGUUCUGCAUCUAAAUAAAAGGGAAAGUUUGCAGGAAAGGUUGGCUUCCUCUCUUACCAAAAUGCUGCUAUGUUGCUUCUGUUGGGAUUAGUCCUGGUUCAGGAAACUUCAGAAAUAUAUACAACCACUCAAAUUUGUAUAUUAUGUGCAUAAAGUGUUUCCCUGAAGUUCAUGAUUUGCCACACUUGUUUUAAAUAACAUUUCUCUAUUUAAAAUACUUAGUGAGGUAGCUGAAGCCUCCAGGUGACAGCAAUAGUAAAUUGACAAGUUGUGUUGGGGCUUUUUUCAUGAGCUACUAGCAGUUAUAGUAUAUUGCACAAUUAUACCAGUGAAACCUAAGAGCAUCCAACUCAUAGGAAGGCUAUGAUGCAGUAACUCAACCUAGUUGCAAAUAUAACUGUAACAACUGAUAAACCACAGCAAGUUUGUUAAUGAAGUGCAGUCUCUUGUUUUCAAAUAUGUAUAUUUUGAAAAUGUUGUAUGUAUGUGCUGCCGUUUAAAAUAAAAAUCUGCUUUUCUGAA